CUAUUUAAAGUGGUAGGGUAAAACCGUAUUUGAUUUGGGUUGGGUAAAAAAGAAAAGAAAAAAAAUAGAGAGAGACGCAGACGCACGGACGACGGACGUGAAGCAAAAAAACCUAUAAAAAGUCCUUUAUUAUAUCCGAAUUCAGAUUUCUGGAGAAUCUUCUUCUUCUUCUUCAUAUUCCAUGGCCACCACCACCACCUCCCCUUGGCCAGACACUUCAACUUCAGCAGUCCCUGAUGCUCCUUUCUCCUCCAUGCCUCUUCCGUCUGAGGAUUCCCACCUCCCCCUGGAUCCCAAUCCCACUUCACCUUCUCCCUUGCUCCACGUCUCCUUUAACCAGGACCACGCUUGCUUCGCCGUCGGCACCGACUCCGGCUUCCGAGUCUUCAGUUGUGAUCCCUUUUUCCAGGUUUUCCGGCGCGAUUUUGAUCGUGGCCGGGGUGUUUCCCUUGUGGAGAUGCUUUUCAGGUCCAACAUCUUGGCCUUCGUUGGCGGUCAGUACCCUCCCAAUAAGGUCAUGAUUUGGGAUGAUCACCCGAACCGUUGCAUAGGAGAACUCUCUUUCAGGUCUCAUGUUCGUUCCGUGCGCCUUCGGAGGGAUCGGGUUGUUGUCGUUCUCGACCUCAAGAUUUUUGUCUACAACUUCGACGACCUCAAGCUUAUGCAUCAGAUCGAGACCUUUGCAAACCCCAAGGGUCUGUGCUCUCUUUCUCACGGAGCUGCUUCCAUGCUCUUGGUCUGCCCAGGUCUGCUAAAGGGCCAAGUUCGCCUCGAGCAUUACUCUUCUAAGAAGACUAACUUCAUCAUGGCUCAUGACUCCACUAUUGCUUCCUUUGCCCUCACUCAGGACGGCCUCUUCCUGGCUACCGCUAGUUCCAAGGGUACUCUCCUUCGGGUUUUCAAUACUGCUGAUGGCACCUUGUUGCAAGAGCUUAGAAGAGGUGCAGAUAGAGCUGAUAUCUAUAGUUUGGCCUUCUCGUCAAAUGCACAAUGGUUAGCUGCCUCAAGUGACAAAGGAACUGUUCAUGUUUUCGGUCUGAAAAUCAACGCUGGAUCUCAAGUGAAGGAUACAUCCCGAAUGGCACCUGAUGCAGUUUGGUCACAGUCAACAUCUCUGUCAUUACUCAGAGGUGUGUUGCCAAAGUAUUUCAGCUCGGAAUGGUCAGUGGCUCAAUUCCGGUUGGUUGAAGGAUGUCAACACAUAGUGGGAUUUGGAGACGAGAAGAACACGGUGGUGAUUCUUGGGAUGGAUGGGAGCUUCUACAAAUGCCAGUAUGAUCCAGUGCACGGUGGAGAGAUGUAUCAGCUAGAGUAUCACAACUGGCUGAAGCCGGCUGAAACACAUGAUCAAAUUCUCUAAUUGCUUGCCAUAUAUAAACAAACAUGUCUGGUUUGAAGCGUGUGUCUCAGGCAGGCAGGUAAGGUAACGUAUGUGGUUGCCGGUUAGGUAUUGAGUGGUUAAAUCUGGAAGCAGCAAAAGAGUAUCUCUAACAGACGUACAGUAUUUGGUCAACCACUAAUUUAGUAAAAACUUUGGAAACUCUGAUUAAAAAGGCCGGAUUAGUUUAAUUAUUUUUUAGUUGAUAUAUAAAUAAACAAAUAUAUUUAAAGUAAGGCUUUUCUUCUGUGCA